AUGGCAGCUUGGAACAUUCGUGGGUUCAACAGCCCUGACAAAGUUUUAUGCUGCAAAAACUUAGCCCAAAAACAUAACAUAGACAUCCUCUUCAUUCUUGAAUCUAAGACCUCCCUUUCCUCUCUCUCCAGUCACUGGUUCCAAGCCAAUCACAGAAUUUUCCCUUUAGAGAACUCUUGCCACAACUUUCAUCUUGCCAAUCCGGGUCGUAUUUGGAUUAAGUGGAAUGCAAAUUCGGUUAACUUCAUUCCAAAAAUUACCACCAACCAGCUAAUUCAUGGGACUAUUACUGUGGCCUCUAAAACCGUCUGUGCUAUCACCUUUGUUUAUGCUAGUAACUCUCACACAGAAAGGCAACUGUUAUGGGACGAUAUUCAGAAUAUUUCGAGUACUAUAGCCACUCCGUGGGCCAUCAUUGGCGACUUUAACUGCUGUCGUUACCAUAACGAGAAGGCUGGGGGUAUUCAACUCAACAACACUAAGCUUGGAGAAUUCAACAAAGUUAUUUUUAAUUCUGGCCUCCACGAUCUCUCCUCUUCUGGCCAUUUCUUCACGUGGCAUAAUCAGCAACCUGGAAAUCCCAUACAUAUUAAGUUGGACAGAGUCCUUAUUAAUGAUGCUUGGCUGAAUGUUUUUCCCAACUCUUACUAUAUUGUGGGGGACCCCAACUGCUCCGACCACUCCCCUCUCAUUUUAUCUAAUAAUCUUAUUGUGAAGAAAGGCCACAGCCCUCUUUUCUCCUUCUACAACAAGCUCAAAAGCCUCAAGAAUCUCAUUAAGAAUAAAAAUUGGACCAACUCAUCUGCUAUCCAGAGAGAAAUUGAUUCCCUUACUGAUCUCCAAAACCAAGUUCUCACUAAUCUCCAAGGGAAUCCCAUUGACCCUACUCUGAAUGCUGCUCUGAAUAGCAUUAAUGCUAAACUCUCUUACUAUCAUAGCACCCUUACUAGCUGGAUGUCUCAAAGAGCUAAGAUCAACAUCACUUCCAACUACAACAGAAUCAAAGAAAUUGAUACUGAUUCUGGGUCUGUUUCUUCCCACAAAGACAUAUCCACUGCUUUUAUCAACCACUUCUCUAAGUUCUUUAAUACCCACCACACUCGAUCCCCCAAUUUCACCUCCCAUAACAUUCCUGCUGGUGCCACUAUACCACCCCACCUUCUACCUCUUCUCACUGCCCCAGUUACUAUGGAGGAAAUCAAAGCUAUUAUUUUUUCUGGCAAAGCUAAUUCCACUUCUGGUCCUGAUGGGUUCCCAUUUGAGUUUUAUAAAUCCUCCUGGAACAUCAUCAAACACCAUCUCUGUAAGGCUAUCCUUUCCUUCUUCUCCACUGGUUUCAUGCCCAAUCAAGUGAAAGCAACGGCUAUUGCUUUAAUUCCUAAGCAUCCUCAUGCUAGCACUACCAGUACCAAUGCUCAUACUCUUAUUGACAUUCUUGAUAAUUUUGCUUCUGUUGCUGGUUUACACGUUAAUGCCCAUAAGAGUAGCAUACUUAUUUCUAAGGGUGCAUUGCAGGCUGAGCAAAUUUGUGAUAUUCUUCAUAUACAACAAUCCUUCAACCCUCUCAAAUACCUUGGGCUUCCUAUUUUUUACUCCAAACUGAAAGCUCUGGACUUCCAACCCCUAAUCCUUAAUAUCAGCUCCUCUCUUGAGGGUUGGAAAGCCAAAACUUUAUCUUUUGCUGGGCGUAUUCAGUUCCUAAACUUUACUAUUUGUAACACUUUGGCCUAUUGGAUAAGGGGUUCUAUCAUACCUAAAUGUUGCUGUAAAACUAUUAACCGUCUUUGCUCCAGAUUCUUAUACUUUGGGGAUACUAGCCUGAAAAUACUUCAAACUAUCUCUUGGAAGAAUACGUGUUUGCCGAAACAAUUUGGGGGUCUGGGUAUUCCCUCCAUCGAUAGCCUUCAACAUAAUUUUGCUUGCUCGAUUAUUUGGAGGUUUUUGAACAGUAAUAACCCUCUUUUUGACUGGUGGAGAGCUAGCUAUUCGUCUUUAUGGAAUGUGUGGAAUGGUAAAGGUUCUACUUAUUGGAAUUUUAUUUGCACCAAAGCUAAUACUGUUAAGCAAUGCCUUAACCUUUUUGUCCACCAAUCUAGCAAUUUGUCCUUUCUCUGGGACCCCUGGUGUAAUGGUAAAUCUAUUGCUGAUUUACUGAUUACGAAUUAUGAGCUGAAGGAAUUUUCGUUUAUGUCCAACUGGAAGAUCUCUAACGUUAUAUGUGAUAUGUCGUGGAAUCUUCCUAGAUGCCUUGAUGCUUCUACUAUUUCUGCUAUCUCCUGUAUUCCCAUAUAUGAGGCUGUGGAAAGUUUUAAUCAGGAGCUGGACAAGGAUUCGACAAAACCCUUACUAAGGAUUUCUAUGGAUUGA